AUGGAAUUCCCCAUUCAUCGCAUCCAUUUCUACGGUUAUACCCCUGUCCCCUUCACCUGUAUUGCUGCAGCUGACUCCGGUCUGCUUGCCACUGGCAGGCAAGAUGGAUCCAUCGAGGUGUACGACAGGCAUCGUAAUUUCUUUAUGGUUGCACGGAUUCCAUCCACUGUCACCAAGUCGGUCGAGGCUUUAAGUUGGAUUGGCCCGCGGCUAUUUUACACUGGAGCUUUGGGUCGGUUGGUCGAAGUUGAUCUCGACACCUUCUCCGUCAAAGACACACUGCUUUUGAUGGGAAAUCCAAUCUCUCGGUGUCUCUCUUCUUGUGGUUCUUAUCUAGUCAUUGGUAACGACGAAGGUUUUAUUUCCAUAUGCAGCACUGAAUCAUCUUCUGUUUCAUUGGUUCAGACGCUCCCGCAACUGACAGGCAAAAUCCUCUCCCUUGCAUGUAUUGAUGCCAAAGAGAAACUUCUGGCCGCUGGGACGAGCUCAGGGACUUUGAUGGUCAUCUGUUUCACAAACACAUCGUACAGUAUUCGGCAUACACUUCUUUCUGAGUCGAAGGACACGUUCGUUUGGGUUCUUCUAUUUAGCAAAACUUCACUCUUCUCUGGUGACAAUAAGGGCAACGUUUGUGUUUGGGAUGUCACUGUUGGUGGACUUUUACACACUUUUCCAAGUCACUACGCGCAUGUAUUGGCACUCACCGCAUCACCAGAUGGUCAAACCGUAUUCAGUGGAGGAGCUGAUGCUUUGGUCCGACGAUACGAACGGUUCCUUUCAGAAGAUAAUUGCACCCAGUGGGAACUCGGCGGAACUAUACGCGGUUGUAGACGUGACAUUCGUGGUUUGGUCUAUCUGGCUGGCCAAAAUUACGAUCCUGCUUCUCAGGCCACGAAUCUUGAUACUCGUUUCGAACCUCAUCGUCUUCUGGCUGUUGGUUUAGAUGCGCGUUUGCAAGUUUUGGCUUGUGAGCAACCGGAGCGCGGUUUAGAUGCAUUCGCCAGGGCACACCGGACUCUGGCCUGUCAAGUCGGUCGUCCGCGUGAUUCGAAGAUUAAAUCCAUUGCCCAUGUGGCGGCUUUACCGUUUUGGCCGCUUGCUUGUGCUGCGACUCGACCAUCUCCUUGUGAAUUUGUCAGCGUUGAACACUCAAACGAACAACGACCACCGACGCGCCUGUGUCUUCUUCGUUAUCCGGACAAGCUUGACUUAGUACGUUUGGCGCAAAUAGAUGAUAAACGGAAACGAAGUCAAGCUCAUCGUUUUCUCCCAAUCUCCAAUUCUCUUCUGCAGCUGGCUGAAAUAAGACCACGGAAAGGAUUGGAGAUCAUAGCUUCGACGCUUUCCAAGUGUGGUUCUUUUGUUGCCUAUUCAGAUAUGGUUCGAACGAGGAUUCUACGGGUUACCAUAUCGCCGGUAACUGUCGAAGAGGAACGUCGAGGAGUUCUGCCUUCAGUGUCUGUUUCACGAAUCCAAUGGGAACAAAACGACAGAAAACGGAAAUCCGUCUCAAGAAGACGUCUGUCUCCCUCCGCCAGAACGAAUUCGACAGAUUCCCUCACCGAGUCAUCUCGAAUCCAUGGAUCCUCAUCCGAAACCGAUACAGAUACAGAUGAUUUGUCUGCAGCGUCGGUUGCGAAGUUUUUCGCCUUAGAUCAGACCAUCGGCUCCGUCACGUCGGUGGAAAACAACACUUCAGACGUGUUCCCCACUCCUAUCAAACAUCAACCAGAUAUCAAUGAGAAUGCUUUGCCUUCUUCAUCUUGUUUGACCUUUACAGAUGAUUCACAGCAUCUUAUUCAAGUGCUCCGAGCUUCUGCCGAGCUGAUUUGCGUUGACGUCCAAACGGGCAAUGAAAACUGGCGGCGCGAUCUUAUCUCGGAAAGUGGUUCAGUAUUCCGCGUACACCUGCUGUCCGUUUCCAAAUCCGUCGGCACGGGUGUAGCUGUGGUCGCCAUUGGUUGUUCAGAUGGCCGGGUACGUCUAUACUCAACGGCGUCCGGACAGCAGUUACUGACAUGCCCUUGUGUUGCUUCUUCCUCUGGCUACUCACCACUUCCCGCCUGUCUGGCCUUCUCGGUGCCCCGGUCGGGUGAACUGGACCUCUCCAUUCUCUACACCAAUAGUCAAUUGUCUGAAUGGCAUCUAAGUUUGAGCAAACUGAACUGUCCGGACGACGCUUCAUGCGCAGUUCCCAAUCGUGACUUGGACAGGUCUGCCAUGAGUGCGACUUUCAACAUGUGGUUAUCAGAUUUUUGGAAUAAAAUGGAGGAAGAAGUACACUCCAACCUUGGCUUGUUUCACUCGUUGGCCUAUGUGGAUUCGGACAACUGGUUGCUUGCCUCAGACCGGUAUCUUGUCUUGCUCACAAGAAACAAGCGUUCAGCUGUAGCACCCUUCCGGUGCCUGGCUGCCAUGCCACCCGAAGGAAGCACGAGGGCUGGGAUACUGCCAGGUUGCCCAAGCCUAGACAGGGGAAGUCGAGUGGCGGAGGUUGGAUUCGAACCACGGAUCUUCCGGUCAGUAGAUUCGCGCUCUAACCACUUGGGCCAUCUCUGUUGCCAUUUAUAUAUUCGUCCUUUCUUCCGUGGUAUGAUUACCAAGCGGCUUCGAACAAAGGACGAACUGUAUCCUGAAAGUUGCAUGCGGAUAUGUACAAACUUUGAGUCCAUCAUACAAGCUGCAGUGGUUGAAAAGAACGAACUGGCUAUCGUAGCUCUACACUCUGCACAGAUUGCCCUCAAACUGAGUGCUCCUAUGCAGCGAAAACCAUUUGGAACUUGAUUUGGCCUGACUAAAUCAGAUCAACUUUGCACAUAUGUAUGAGUUUUUCAUUGUAAAUGAAGAGCACUUAUUUGGC